AUGAUCGUGCCAGUUGGUCCACUUGUUCAAGAGCCAAUGGAUUUAAAAGUCGAUGAGGAAACAUGGAUCAUGAAAUGGCUGAACAAAAGGGAGAGGGCAUCGGUUGUGUAUGUUUGCUUUGGCAGUGAGUACUUUCUAACCAAGGAGGAAAUCGAAGAGAUAGCUCAUGGGUUAGAGCUUAGCAAAGUGAGCUUUAUUUGGGUUAUAAGAUUUCCAAACGAAGAGAAAGGUAGACGGGUUGAAGAAGUAUUACCAGAAGGGUUUUUAGAGAGGGUGGGGGAGAAGGGAAUUAUAGUGGAGGGUUGGGCAAAAAUAUUGAAGCAUUCUAGUGUUGGUGGGUUUGUGAGUCACUGUGGAUGGAGCUCAGUUUUGGAGAGCGUCAAGUUUGGUGUUCCAAUUAUAGCCAUGCCUAUGCAUCUUGACCAGCCGAUUAACUCUAGAUUAGUAGAGGAGGAGGGUGUUGGUGUGGAGGUUAAGAGAACCACAGAAGGCAGCCUGCAAAGAGAAGAGGUAGCAAAGGUGAUCAGAGACGUGGUUGUGGAGAAAAUUGGAGAGGGAGUGAGGAAAAAGGCAUUGGAAAUAAGAGACAACAUGAAAAAGAAAGAGGAUGCAGAGAUUGAUGGGGUGGUGGAGGAAUUGAUGCAACUCUGUACGAAAACUGGAUCGAAUGUCAACUUUUAA